CUGCUCCGAAUGACGCGCCGCUAGCGUCGGCAUGGCCCACGCCGGCGCCUAGCGGGCAGGAAUCGGUCGACUAUCGAUUUGUAAAUUAGUUCCGAAAUGACCUAAAUGUCAAUGCUGACGUUUAUCUAGAUACUCAUGGGAGGGGAGGCCGAGAUGUGCAGCCUGGCAGCGCUUGCGCGCGGCUGCCGGCCCGCCGCCAAGCCGUGCUGCCUCUGCUGGUGCUGCUGCUGCUCUUGUUCCUGGGCAAAGUGCCUGGCGGCGCGCGGGUCGGAAGGAGGCCCCGGCAAGAAACCCCGAGAGCCUGGCCCCCAGGACCCGCUGCUCAACGACGAUGCGCCGCCGUCGCUGGAGGAGAUCCAGAGCUGGGGGCAGUCGUUUGACCGACUCAUGCGCAGCGCAGCCGGGCGCAAGGUGUUCCGCGACUUUCUGCGCGGCGAGUACUCGGAGGAGAACAUCAUGUUCUGGCUGGCCUGCGAGGAGCUGAAGCGAGAAACGGACCCUGAUGCUGUGGAGGAGAAGGCCCGCUUCAUAUACGAGGACUACAUCUCCAUACUUUCACCAAAAGAGGUAUCCCUGGACUCUCGAGUGCGCGAGGUGGUAAACCGCAACAUGGUGGAACCCACCCCCCACACGUUCGACGAAGCGCAACUGCAGAUCUACACGCUGAUGCACCGAGACUCCUACCCUCGCUUCGUCAACUCUCCGCUGUACAAGACGCUUGCGCAUUUGACUAGCUCCCCGGCUGCAUCGCCACAGUGAAGCGUUAUUGACUGGACUUUGGUUUGUGAUUGGACAUUAGGAUUUUCUAGUUUUUCGACGAUGAAGUCAGGCAUGGUCAUGAACAUAUCCAUCGGAUUUUAAAAAUUCAUCGUUUAAAAACUGAAAUCACUUGUCGCACUAGUAUGACGUCAUUCAACAGUGGAGCGCGGACAAAAGAAAACACAUGUGAGCAUGAUGCUGACUUGCUCACAUUUGGCAUAUUGAGGAUACGUUUGUCUAAGAUGCGUUCAAAGACACGAGAAAACAUUUGCGAACGUCAACAGCCGUGUUUUCUAGUGACAUGGACGAUGGCAGGUUUUAGUAAAUACCCGUACACCAUCAGAGAUAUAGGUACUCGUAGCUCAUGUUUUUAACAGGAAAAGUCAUGAAUAUUAUUUAUUUUAGAAAUUAUGCCCAGAAAAAAAUCUGAAACCUCAAAUAAUCACGUAUUAUAUAAAUCACGUAUGAGUUAUUGGAGGACGGUGGUGCAUACGUAAGACCUUUAGUGAAAUAUUUCAUAAGCAUAAUAUUUAUUUAUUUUAUUACUUAAUUCAGACGAUCCGUAAGCUAGUUCCGUAGGUAAUCCCUUGUAGAAGCAAGCAUGCAAGAAAAGCGUUGGAAGGGAAAACUGGUUCAACAGAUUUUACUAUUUUAAGAUUUAUUUUACGCCAAAUAAAAUAACCCUGUGAUUAAAGAAUGCGAUGCAGGUGAUGUUCCAUAUUUUUCUAAGCGGGAGAGCUGUUAAAAUAAGCCGCGCGUCUCGUAGUUCUAAAUGGGUCAGGUACUUUUUUUUGUUAAAAACUCGAGACAUAGUAAAUUGAUUAAUCCAAAAAAAAAAUGGUGCAAAGGUUGGCCAUAGCGAUCCAGCGCGGUAAUGCCGCGAGCGUUAUGGGCACUGUUUUGUAAAAAAGAACUGAAUAUCAAGUCUUCUUUUACUUUCGGGGACAAUUUGGAUCAUAAAUACAAUGGCAAUUUGGAUUAGGGUAUCCGUAUUUGGUUUGAUUCUGUUUUGGACCUACUUGAGCCGGCCUUUCUGGUGAGGAUACGUAGACAAGAGGUAGUGUAUAGCUACACUUUGUUGAGAUAGAGAUUUGCCAAGGAGCGUAACUUGUACAGUGCCUUCUUGUCUACGCAGUUAAAGCAUUUGGUUUUGAGACCAUGGUUAGGUUAUCCGUCCCUAAACCAUUCGAGUCUUGAACUUUCUUUAUGAGUUCUAGCUAGGACCAGUCACAGAAAUGUGGAGGAAUUGAGAUCUAUUAGUGUAGGGCUUGAGUGAACGCUUAGAGCGGAGCGUUAGAUUGGGCGACUCAGGACACUUGUAUGAACUUCAAUUGUUUGAUAUGCACGCCACACGCUCCGCCCGCUGUACGCCCAAUAUGAGCGGCCACUCAGGCCUUACAUGGUUGCUAUCUUCAUUCUUCAUCUUCAUUGUGAAAUUCCCAAGCUGAUAACUUUUCAAUCUUGAUCUACCCAAGGUUCUUUCAUAGAACUGGUUCCAUUCGCAACUAAAGACAAACUAAAGUAAACGUGUAUGUAUGUGGGGUGAGGCACAAAAAGCGAAGAAGUUUAUGGUCUUAAAUUAUAUGGACAAGGAGCUAUGUUUUGUAAAGUGGCUCUCAUAUAAUAAAUACAAACAUUAUAAUUGAUAAACAUUUAUGCUAAUCUGUAAUUUUGCUAGUUCGUAUAUGGGUGGCCACUUUGAAGCUAGCCAAACUGAUACAUCUCCUUUUUUAUUGUUUUUUGAUAUUUUUGUGUUAAUAAAGGGCUACACUAGGUGACAAAUGUCCUGUGAUGUUGACCAUAAUUAUGUUAAGCUAAGUACAGUGAGUUACAAAAUUCAUUCAUAAUGUCUCCAUGCAAUGCAUUUGCAGCUCACUGUACAAAUUCGCGAAACUUCGCCUGAUGUACAGUCUGACCAAAAAGAGUAAAAAUUAAAAAGUGGCAACAUUGUAGUGUGGUCCCGUUUUCUCGCACGUAUUGAUUUGAAACGGAUUAUACUAUUUUUGAUCAGACUGGCGACACACGGGUGACACGUGUGACACACACUGAGGAUACAUAUGAGACAAAAUAGCGACACGAGUAAUGACAUUUGUCGCUUAGUGUAUUCCUGUAUUUAAGGAAUAUUAAUGUGACCCAUAUUUUUUAAUCAAUCAAUCAAAAUAAUUGAUUGAUUGAUUGAAUUCAUUCAUAAUGUCUCCAUGCAAUUUUGCAGCUCACUGUACAAAUUCGCGAAACUUCGCCUGAUGUACAGUCUGACCAAAUAGAGUAAAAAUUUAAAAGUGGCAACAUUGUAGUGUGGUCCCGUUUUCUCGCACAUAUUGAUUUGAAACGGGUUAUACUAUUUUUGAUCAGACUGGCGACACACGGGUGACACGUGUGACACACACUGAGGAUACAUAUGAGACAAAAUAGCGACACGAGUAAUGACAUUUGUCGCUUAGUGUAUUCCUGUAUUUAAGGAAUAUUAAUGUGUCGCAUAUUUCUUUCAGAACAUAAAUAAAGGGGUAUCAUUAUUGACUAGGUUUCAGCUCCGA